UGAUGAUUGUAGAAAAUACGAAAUCACUUUCAAAAUAUUACCGGUAAUUGGAAGCAUAGAUAAUAUACCGGUAAUGCAAUAAUGGUGUUUUGAGUUCUCUGAAACACGUGCUGGACUUGUAGAUGUACCAGUAGAAACAGUAGUGCUGUGCAAUCACAUAGGAACUGCAUAAUGAUGGAUUCCAUGGCUGGAGAAAUUGCUGUCCUGUUCGUUUUGCUUGUUGCGUUUUGCUACCUGGAUGUCGUGGAACCAUUUCACCGAGAGAUACAUGCAGAAGAGCUAUGGCUGUACAAGAAUCCCCACAAGCCGGACACAUUCACAGCCAUGACCACUGUGGUUUUGAGUUUUACAGUGCCACCGAUUGUGAUGAUGGCGUGUUGUGCACUCCGUGGUCUCAGCGCGCCUGACCUUGUUCCUUCCGUAGUAGCUGUGAGCCUUUCAGGAUUGCUGACAACGGUCUUGAACAAUAUCCUAAAGCUGUUGAUUGGCAGGCCCCGUCCUGAUUUCUACCAUCGGUGCUUUCCACAUGGUACUGAUGACAUACCUAAAACCUCAUCCGGCAGCCUGAAACUGGACUGCACUGGUGAUCCGCUUUUGCUCCGAGACGGCCGCAAGAGCUUUCCUAGUGGUCAUUCUGCCUUAUCCUGCUCAACAUUUGUUUUCCUUUCCCUGUACUUGGUUGGACAACUUGGUAUCCUCCUGCCAAGAGGUCGCGGUCAGUCCUGGAGGUUGUUGUUGACGAUCGCACCCAGCCUGUUUGCCGCCACAAUAUGUCUGUCAAGAUACUCUGACUACCGGCACCACUGGCAAGAUGUCAUGGUGGGCAGUGCACUUGGAUCAACAAUGGCCUGGUUUGUCUAUCACCAGUAUUUCCCUGUAUUGUCACACCAGCAGGCGCACCGGCCACUAGCCGUGCACACUAGCACUAUGUCCAGCAGUGGAUUCAGCCCGGAGCACAGAGUCAAACAUACCAGUAUCCAGACAUGACAUGGAGUGAGUUAAGAUUCAAUGCUAUCGAUGCUAUAUCCAUACGGUGCUGACUGGACGAAAGCUGCUCAAGACCGGCUCAGCUUCUGCUUCUGUUGUGGAGUGGAUUUUUCUUUUCCUGAACUAGGACUGACUGACUGGCUGUUGUCGUUGGAGUUAAUUCAGCGUCUACGUGCUGACACGCAGGUGUAGAGUUGAGAUGAGUGAGCUAGACAUGCUGGAGCUGUUGAUCAGCGUGACGAACCGGGGGAAUUCCCUGGCAGUGUGACCUACAGUACAGUACUAGAAAGUGGACAGGUGUAGUGAUGUGACUCACAUUUUCACUCAAUUCUUUGUCAAGCCAUAUUGUGGAAGCAUGGCAACUGCCGAAACGGAAUGCUUUGUACCAUAAGGACAAUAAUUAUAUUAUAUUUAUUUCACGAAAUACACACUACAAUUCAUUAAUUUGUUCUCGACGGUUAAAAAAAGUGGAUGCUGACAUGUACAGUACAGUAGAUAUUGGUUAUAACGUGCCCUUUUUGAUUUUUCACAUUUAUCACUAUAUUAAAACUAAAGGCCGAUUCACAAUACAACUGUUUGCGACGCGACAUGCGACACCUGUGAUGAGCUGCGACAGCAGCACGCGGUUCACAAUCUUUUUGGUGUUUGUGACAUCCGUAUGCACUAGCAAUACUAUGCACGUGCACCCACAGUAGAAACUGUACUCCAUUUGUGUACGUCGCGCUCAACUUCGCAAAGUUGAACUUUCUUCAACUUCUGCAACAGGUGCCUUGCGACUGUACUCAUACGCGCCAGCUCACGACAGGCAUUUACUUGUCGCAACUGUCGCAAAUCGCGUGUCGUGGCGCAAAAAGUUGUAUUGAUUUUCAACUGGGCGCGUCUUACACACACACAUUAUACACGUGUGGGUACUCAAUCGUGCUAAUGUAGCGUACUGAUACAUUGAUGCAUGCUGCUGCACCUUCUCCAGUCCAGAGUGAAGAACUUCUUGGCUGCUAAGCAUCAUCCAGGAAGCGUCA